UUUUUAAUAAACAAAGUUCUCUUUUCUCGAUAUGUUAUAUAAACCGCCUCUGUUUCGUCUUUCUACCUCUCUUAAACCCUAGACAGGGCCGCUAAAGAGCCCCAAACAUCCAGAGAUUCAGGUUUCAAGAGGAUAAUAUAAAAGAUGGUUCAGUAUAAUUUUAAGAAGAUCACUGUGGUCCCUAGUGGGAAGGACUUCGUUGAUAUCAUCCUUUCUCGGACCCAAAGACAAACACCAACUGUUGUCCACAAGGGAUAUGCCAUUUCUCGUCUGCGUCAAUUUUACAUGCGUAAAGUCAAGUAUACCCAGCAGAAUUUUCAUGAAAAGCUCUCUACGAUUAUUGAUGAGUUCCCUCGCCUGGAUGAUAUUCAUCCGUUUUAUGGCGACCUCCUUCAUGUUCUUUACAAUAAAGACCAUUACAAGCUUGCCCUUGGCCAAAUUAACACUGCCAGGAAUCUUAUUAGCAAGAUAGCCAAGGAUUAUGUGAAAUUGUUGAAGUACGGUGAUUCGCUGUAUAGGUGCAAAUCCCUGAAGGUAGCUGCUCUUGGUCGCAUGUGUACUGUGAUUAAGAGGAUUGGCCCUAGUUUAGCUUAUCUUGAGCAAAUUAGACAGCAUAUGGCAAGGCUACCUUCGAUUGAUCCGAAUACUCGUACCAUCUUGAUUUGUGGGUAUCCUAAUGUAGGCAAGAGCUCUUUCAUUAACAAAAUCACUAGGGCUGAUGUGGACGUUCAGCCUUAUGCUUUUACCACUAAGUCACUCUUUGUAGGUCAUACUGACUACAAAUACCUGAGGUACCAAGUGAUUGAUACGCCAGGGAUUUUGGAUCGACCAUUUGAAGAUCGUAAUAUCAUUGAGAUGUGCAGUAUUACAGCUCUCGCCCAUCUACGAGCUGCUGUAUUGUUCUUCUUGGAUAUCUCUGGGUCAUGUGGCUACAGCAUUGCACAACAAGCUGCUCUGUUUCAUAGUAUCAAGUCUCUUUUUAUGAACAAGCCCUUGAUUAUUGUCUGCAACAAGACAGAUUUGCAGCCAUUGGAAGGGAUAUCUGAGGAAGACAGGGAAUUGGUCAUGGAGAUGAAAGCAGAAGCUCUGAAAACUGUGAUUGGUCAGGGAGGUGAAGCUACAGGUGAUGAGGGUGUUCUUUUGAAAAUGAGCACUUUGACGGAGGAAGGGGUGAUUGCUGUGAAGAAUGCAGCUUGUGAGAGGUUACUGGAUCAGCGAGUGGAAUUGAAGAUGAAAUCUAAAAAGAUAAAUGACUGCUUGAAUAGGUUCCAUGUUGCAAUACCAAAGCCACGUGACCAGAAAGAAAGGCCACCUUGUAUACCUCAAGCAGUUUUGGAAGCUAAAGCAAAGCAAGCAGCCGAGGCAGCUGAGAAGGAGAAGAGAAAAACUGAAAAGGAUCUGGAGAACGAAAAUGGUGGUGCAGGUGUAUACUCUGCCAGUUUGAGGAAGAAGUAUAUCUUAGCCAAUGAUGAAUGGAAAGAAGAUGUCUUGCCAGAAAUUCUUGAUGGCCACAAUGUUUAUGACUUCAUUGAUCCUGAUGUCUUAGAAAGACUUGAGGAGUUAGAAAGAGAAGAGGGUAUUCGGCUAGCAGAGGAGGAAGAUGAGGAUUUUGAGAUGGAUGGUGAGGAAUUGACUCCAGAAGAGCAAGAAGCUUUGGCGGCGAUCAGGAAAAAGAAAACCUUACUCAUUCAAGAGCAUAGGAUGAAGAAGAGCACUGCAGAGAGUCGGCCCACUGUACCUAGAAAAUUCGACAAGGACAGGAGGUUUACAACAGAUAGAAUGGGUAGAGACCUUAAAUCUGUGGGGCUGGAUCCCUCUUUGGCAAUUAAUCGUGUCCGCAGCAGGUCAGUAUCGAGGGGCCGCAAAAGAGAGAGGUCUCUUGCCAGGGAAGAUAAAGAUGGUGGUGAUGCAAUGGAUAUGGAUGUUGACCAACCAAAUAAGAAGCUAAGACUAGCUAUAUCUCGGUCAAGGUCGAAAUCACGGCCUCCUACUGAGGUUGUACCUGGAGAGGGUUUCAAGGAUUCAGCUCAGAAAAUUAAAGGUAUUAAGCUUCAUAAGAAAUCUGCUAAAAAGAGGAAUAAGGAUGCUCGCCGGGGAGAAGCAGAUAGAGUUAUUCCUACUGAGAGACCUAAGCAUUUGUAUACUGGAAAACGUGGCAUUGGAAAAACCGAUAGACGUUGAUCACUUAAGAGAAAGGCGGUCUUAUGGAGGGUAUACUGAACCAUGGACUGACUUUGCUGCUUAUAUGUCAUUUAAUGUUCAACGUACUGCUUUGAUUGUGGCAGUGAAUGAAGUCUUUUAUUUUAAUCCUUAAAGCAAAUUUUGAAUGAGAUGUUUUUAUUUCAUAUAUUGUGACGUUUGGUUCUGAACGGUACUUUUACAUCGGCUGCUGCUCUUUUAUUAUUUAAACGUGAGAAAAUUUUGGAGUAAA